GACCAAAGCCCCAGACCCGUAGCCCUCGGGACAAUUCAGGAGACGUUCUACUUGUCCAUCUACUCUCCAUCUCUCCGAGGACUCUACCGUCUAUCCACCUAUAGCAUCUCCAGUCUAUCCCUUCCCGGUUUGCUCCCUCUGUCCCAGCCGCCCAGCUCCACCACCUUGGCCAGCAAUGACGUCUGGAGAGCCCCUGCACGUCAAGACCCCCAUCCGUGACAGUAUGUCCCUGUCCAAAGUGGCAGGCACCAGCGUCUACCUCAAGAUGGACAGUGCCCAACCGUCAGGCUCCUUCAAGAUCCGGGGCAUUGGACACCUCUGCAAGAUGUGGGCUGAGCAAGGCUGUGAACAUUUCGUCUGCUCCUCAGCGGGCAACGCGGGCAUGGCAGCCGCCUAUGCCGCCAGGAAGCUGGGCAUCCCUGCCACCAUCGUUGUGCCCAGCACCACCCCUGCCCUCACCAUUGAGCGGCUCAAGAACGAGGGUGCCAUAGUCAAGGUGGUGGGCGAGAUGUUGGACGAAGCCUUCGAGCUGGCCAAGGCCCUGGCAAAGAACAACCCAGGCUGGGUCUACAUUCCUCCCUUUGACGACCCCCUCAUUUGGGAAGGCCACACUUCCAUCGUGAAGGAGCUGAAGGAGACGCUGAGCACAAAGCCAGGGGCCAUUGCGCUGUCGGUGGGUGGCGGGGGCCUGCUGUGCGGAGUGGUCCAGGGGCUGCAGGAGGUGGGCUGGGGGGACGUGCCCAUCAUCGCCAUGGAGACCGCCGGAGCCCACAGCUUCCAUGCUGCCACCACUGCCGGCAAGCUCGUCUCCCUGCCCCAGGUUACCAGUGUGGCCAAGGCCCUGUGUGUGAAGACCGUGGGGGCGCAGGCCCUGAAGCUGUUUCAGGAGCACCCCAUCUUCUCUGAAGUCAUCUCGGACCAGGAGGCUGUGGCCGCCAUUGAGAAGUUUGUGGAUGACGAGAAGAUCCUGGUGGAGCCUGCCUGUGGGGCAGCCCUGGCCGCCGUGUACAGCCGCGUGGUUCAGAAGCUGCAAGGAGAGGGCAAGCUCCGGGCCCCGCUGUCCUCCCUCGUGGUCAUCGUCUGUGGCGGCAGCAACAUCAGUCUGGGCCAGCUGCGGGCCCUCAAGGAACAGCUGGGCAUGAAGAACGGGCUGCCCAAGUGAGGGCCCUUCCCCGCCCGUCUGCCUUCCCUUCCGGGGGCACCCCUGGUGGAGCUGGAGUUUUAUCCAGCACCUCGCUGUAAAUAUUAUCCUUGUGUCUGCCUGGGAGCCUGCGGCCCAGACCAGCCAGUUCCCUUCUCGGUCCCACGAGCCCACUGUGCCAAGGGGCCGCAGCUCCAAGGGGGAGCCGGGCCGGCAGCCAGCAAGGCCGUGAACUGAACCUCUCGGGCCUCUGUGCAGCAGCUCUGUGACUGUCCCUAGCCACCGUGGCUGGUGACGGCCACCUGUGUGUCCCAUACCAGGUCCCCAGCGAGGGUGGGCAGGAGGGACAGGGACUGCAGCAGGACGGGCCUCCUCCCUAAAAGACGCACAGGGCCGUGGUCCAGGACUGAGAACCACCUGUCCUCUCCCCGAGGAAGCCCAGCCUGGCCCUGCCCACCCCCAGUCAUUUUUCUAAUUGCAGCUUUUUCAUUGAAAAAGAAAAAAAUGUAUUUAUGAAAUGAAGAUCCUUUUGAGUUUCUCCUUCUGCCUCCCUCCCUCCCCUCCUCCCACCUGCCUGCUUGUAGCCCUGCACCCUGCCCCCUGGAACCUUGGCACCCCAUGGACAUGGGGGCCAGGACCCUGCUCCCAGCUGGACUUGCAUGCCGGGAGACAGAAAGCAGGAAGGGAGGGAGCUGAGCAAGAGCUGGGGCAAGGGCUGCCUCCACUGGAGGCAGAACCAACCCCCAGCCCAAGAGGCAGAGGAGGCUGGCCUCAUUCUGACAGGAAGUCCUUCCUGGUAUCAGAAGGACUUGAUCUCAGAACCACUGGGAGCAGAGUAGUGAGCCUCCCAUCACUGGGGGUGUGUAAACUGACCCUGGACACCCAUGUCAGGGACUCAGAAGGAAAAGACUUGAAGUGAAUGCCAUGCAAACCCUCUCAGACAAGAAACCCUGUUUUCCAAGGAGAGCAUGUGUUGACGCCAGCAUAUGGAAACAGAAGACGGCCUGCCAGGGCUCCUCGAGGUCUGGGAGGGGACACCACCACACCACCCAUAGCAGCCCCAGGCAAUUCACUGAAUCUCCAAGUUCAGAGUGAAGU